AUGAGCAAACUCAUCAACUCUCACAGGCGGCACCGAUUUGAGGCAGAUGCCUUGUCUCCUACCUCUUCUGCCGUCGCCCUAUCGCCGUUGUCGCUGCCGGUGCUGGUCGUCAGCGCCACAGCCGCGGAGGUGUUGAGCAUCCUGUCGUUGCAGACAGCGCCGCCCUCGAAACAGCUGGCAAAGCUGCCGGUGCGCGUGCUCACACAGCUCGUGCAAUGGCGCCGGCCACACGACUACUGUGCGUCCGUGUCGGCGUCUGCAGCGGGCGAUGCUGGCUUGUAUGGCGGUCACUCGUGUAUGUGGACUGUCCGCGCCCGCCGCUGCGGGCUGGAAGUGCGUCUGCGCGCCGGCAUCCGAUGGGCGGCUGCAGUGACAUCGUUUGAAGCAGCAGCACACUCCCGGCUGUCGACAGUGCCGUCGAUGCUGCUCGAGUCCGUUUCCUCUCCCUACUCUUCUUGUGUCUACGCACAAUCGAUCAUCCCUAGCGCGGCGGCAAACUCUGUGGACUCGUCCAGCACCGGGGCCGCCGCUGCCACCCUGACCGGCUCGCUGCGCAUAGCGAGGCGCUGCUACUCCUCCUUUACUCAUUCAGAGGACCCAAACGCUACCACCGCCGCCGCAUCGGCUACAUCGCAGCCCGAGGGUGCCGCUGCGCAGGUGGCAAGUGACAGUGCUGUAGGCAAGACAGAGCGCAGUGAGCGGCGGCUGGGUGACCACGAGCGCGGUGCCGCCGACAGCAGCAGCAACGCCCAUGAGAAGUCUACAGAGGAGCAGAAGACGAAGGAGGAUGGCGAGGUGGCUGCGGUGCCGCCUUUUCCCGAAAUCUACUCAGCCUUCUGCACCCUUCAACUCGUCCAAGAUGACGGCCGCGUUGUGCGCGAGUGGACGGUGGCGCAUGUGAAGCAGGCAUACCGUACGCUGGCGAAGCAGCUGCACCCCGACGUUACCGGCGGUGACGACGAGCUGAUGGAGCAGGUGAACACAUCAUACGACCUGAUCAUGAGCUUGUCCGCGGAGGUGGCGGAUAAUUACCGCAUGUGGCUGGAGAUGGGCGGUGAGGCAGAGCUGCAGCUGCAGCGCGCUCAGGAGCAACAAGAGCUGCUCCGCUCGCGCUGGACGCUUCGUGAAGUGGAGCAGCUCAUGAUGGUGGGGUGGUGCGGCACGCUCUCUGGUAUCGCUAUGUAUGCCGUGUGGCGUGCUCUCUACGGCACGUCGUCGGUGCCCAACUCUGUGGGUGGUACAGCUGCCAUCAGAGGCACUGCUGUCGCUGACCGCAGUAAGAUGUAUUACGGCAUCAACGCAGCGGAUGUGCGCUCCGCUAGGACUCGACUGACGCUCCCGCAGGCAGGCGCGACAGUGUCGACGGCUGCAGGCGUGCAAUACGGUGUUGUAAGUAUCGGCGGCAGCGCGCUGUGGAUACCACCACAUCUGUCCUUUCAGGUGCUGCGGCGGGUGCGGACAGCCGUGUCGCACUACGCCUUAGCAGUGGCACUCACGCUGGCGGCGUGGAUGAAGACUGUCAUGCUGCAGCGCGUUCUUCAGCGGAUGCUCGGCGGCGGCGGCGGUGGUGCAGGCUGA